AUCCAUUUAUAACUUAGCCUAUUUCUCACAUGACUUUUUUAGCUAUGCUUCUUGUUGGUCUCUUCUUGUUUCCCCUUUCAGCCAUUGCUCAAUCUUACCAAAAUGUUAGUUUGGGUUCAUCACUCACUACAAGUGAUGUUACUAGCUUUUGGUCAUCCCCAUCUGAUGAAUUCGCUUUGGGCUUCCAAAAAAUUGGAAAUGAAUCAAGGUACUUACUAGCCAUAUGGUUCAACAAAAUCACAGACAAAACCAUAGUUUGGUCAGCCAAUAGGAAUAAUCUUGCCUUAGAUGGAUCCAAAGUUCAGCUCUCCGCGGAUGGAAGACUAGUCCUCACUGAUCCAAAUGGUCAAGAGAUGUGGGCUCGUGGCAUGGCGAAUGAUCAAUUGGCCUAUGGAGCCAUGCUUGAUAACGGAAACUUUGUGCUAGCAACUAGUAGUUCAGACACUCUAUGGCAGAGUUUUAAUGAGCCCACCGAUACAAUUUUGCCUGGUCAAGUACUUAACCAAGAUAACAGUCUUGUUUCAAGUUUCUCUGACACAAAUGUAUCGAGUGGGAGGUUUGAGUUCAUACUUCAAACUGAUGGAAAUCUAGUGCUUUACACAGUCAAUUAUCCAGCUGAGACAACAAAUGCUGCAUAUUGGUCACCUAUGUCAGUUGGCAGUGGUUAUCAGGUGAUCUUCAAUCAAUCAGGCUUUAUUUUUCUUCAAGCAAAGAAUGGAACUUUGAUAAAUUCAAUAUCUUCUAAUGUGGAAAAUUCAAGAAGCCAAUCAAUGUAUCAUCGAGCGAUUCUUGAAUAUGAUGGAGUUUUUAGGCACUAUGUCCAUCCGAAAUCUUCUGGUAGGGAACCGAUGGCAUGGUCUAGUUUGUAUAACAUUCCUGAUAACAUCUGUUUGUCUAUCAGGCAACGUACAGGAGGGGGUGCCUGUGGUUUCAACAGCCUAUGCUCAAUAGGAACUGAUCAGAGGCCGAGAUGUGAUUGUCCACUCGGAUAUAUCUUGGAUGAUCCGAAUGACAAAUUAGGCAGCUGCAGACAAAAUUUCUCUGAGCAAAACUGUAACCAUGAAUCGCGAGAAGUUGAGUCUUUCACAUUCCACGAAAUGUUGGAUACUAACUGGCCUGACUCUGAUUAUGAGUCUCACCGCGAUGUUUCAGAGGAUUGGUGCAGACAGAAUUGCUUGAAUGAUUGUUUUUGUGAUGUUGCCAUUUACAGUGACGACAACAUCUGUUGGAAGAAAAGGUAUCCUCUUUCAAAUGGGAGAGUAGGUCCAACGAUCGGAGGGAAGGCUUUGAUAAAAAUAAGGAAAGACAACUCCACAGUGGGAACACCAAAUGUUGAAAUAAGAAAAAAGAAAAAUCAGUCUACUCUGAUCAUUUCUGGUUCUGUGUUGUUGGCCAGUUCAGUUUUCAUGAAUUUGUUCUUAAUUCUUUUGGCCCUAUUGUACAUUUUUAAGUUUAUAGGGAAAAAACAAAAGAGGACUGCACCGUAUUCAGCUGUUCCAGGAGUGAACUUAAGAAGUUUUAGCUACAAAGAGCUAGAACAAGCUACAAAUGGAUUCAAGGAAGAAUUAGGAACUGGAGCUUUCUCAACAGUUUACAAAGCGGUUCUUGAUGAUGAAAAUGGGAAAGUCGUUGCUGUCAAAAAACUCCGAAACAUGGUAACAGAAGGAGAAGGAGAAGAAGUAUUUGAAGCUGAAGUGAAUUCAAUCAGCAGGACUAAUCACAAGAACUUGGUCCAACUCCUUGGAUUCUGCAACGAAGGCCAACACCGCCUUUUGGUAUAUGAACACAUGAAAACCGGCUCAAUAGCACACUUGCUAUUCAAAGAUUCUAGGCUUAGUUGGUCCAAAAGGGUACAAGUUGCCAUCGACACUGCCAAAGGACUUUGUUAUUUGCAUGAAGAGUGCAGUACCCAAAUUAUACAUUGUGACAUCAAGCCCCAAAAUGUGCUUUUGGAUGAAAAUUUGACAGCAAAAAUAGCAGAUUUUGGUAUGGCCAAGCUACUGAAAAAACAUCAGACUCAAACAAUCACUAGGAUACGUGGAACCAAAGGGUACGUAGCCCCAGACUGGUUCAGAAGCAUGCCUGUAACUGUGAAGGUUGAUGUGUACAGCUUCGGGGUCUUGCUCUUGGAGUUGAUUUGCUGCAGAAAAAACUAUGAGCAGGAUGUGGCAAACGAGAACGAAAUGAUACUACUGGAGUGGGCUUAUGAUUGCUAUAGAAGAAAUAAGUUGCAUUUACUUGUAGGCGAUGAUGAAGAGGCAUUAGAAGAUAUCAAGAGAUUCGAGAAGUUCUUGUUGGUUGCAAUUUGGUGCAUUCAAGAAAAUCUAGCAUCAAGGCCUAACAUGAAGAAAGUCAUGUUAAUGCUUGAAGGUUCUGUUGAAGUAUCAAUUCCUCCUGACCCUUUUUCGUUUGUCGAUUCUAUUUAGAUCAACCAUGUUUUUUUUUUCAAUUAUUCAUUUGCUUGGACCUAAAGAGUACAUCAAUAACCUGUAUCUGUGU